ACAUUUUUGAAAUAUCUCUCUUCUAAUUUCCAACGGCUACUUCCUCUUCUGCCUCUACUUCUUCCUUUUCUCUCUCCUCACCGUCAAAACACUCUCUUCUCUCUCAAUUGUUCCGCUUUCUUCUUUUGUGACUUUAGAUCCUCUGACUUUAGCUUCUAUGGAUUCAAAGCAAUUCGAUCGUGCGGCUCGUAAGGUUCGGGUCGUGGCCAAGAUCCGCGGCUUCUCGGCUCCCGAGGCUAACUCCGAACCUGUCGCUUCCAGAACUGUGGACUGGAUUUCGGUGAACCGUGAAAAUUUGGAGGAUGUCACUGUCUCCUUCGGAGACCAAUCUUCUAGUCGGUAUUUGGUAGAUUACUGCUAUAAGGAAGAUGAAGAUAACGAAAUGAUAUAUUCGAAGGAGGUGAGGCCUCUUGUGUCUGCAGCUUUUGAAGGUCGUAAUAGCACCAUUAUUGCUCAUGGUGCUAGAGGUAGUGGAAAGACCCACACAAUUCAGGGCUCUGCUGAGAGACCGGGUUUGGCAGUGCUUGCUGUUGCUGAGAUUCUUUCAGUGGCUGAGAAAAAUGGGAAAUCCAUAGCUGUUUCUUUCUAUGAGGUUGAUCAUCAGGAGCGUGCCGUGGAUUUAUUAAAUCCGGAACAGCCACCAAUUCUGGUUUUUGAAGACCGUGGCAGAAUUCAAUUUAAAGGACUAACUCAGGUUCCUGUGAAAUCCAUUGCUGAAUUUCAGAAUUUGUACUCCACCGCAUGUUUUUCACAGAAGGGAGCUCCCAAAAAAGGAGGCUGUGAAGGAGGCCGUGAACGUGUUCGAAGAAUCCACAUGGGAUUAAUUCUGCAUGUCUUUUCUCAGAAGAAAAGUGUUGAAAGCCUAGUGAGCAAAAUGAAUUUUGUUGAUUUGGCAGGUUAUGAAGAUGCUAGAAAGAAAAGUAGUGAUGGUUCCUGUCUUGCCGAGAUUAACAACAGAAUUAACAAGUCAAUUUAUGCUGUAUUAAAUGUUUGUCAUGCUUUGAGUACAAAUGAAAGUCAUGUUCCCUACCGGGAAAGCAAACUUACACGCAUGCUGCAGGAUUCCUUGAGGGGGACUAGCAAAAUUUUAUUGGUUUCCUGCUUGAACCCAUCAUUUUGUCAAGACACCAUUUACAUGGUAAGCUUGGCAUCACGGGCAUGUCAUUGGAUUCAUCGGGCAUCCUUAGAUUCCACCAAGAAAAGUGGAACCUCAUCUAUAAAGAUGGUGAAUACUCAUAAGAACCAGAUAUCCAAAAGUGUUUCUGGAACAACAAAGAAAUUACAUGGCUCUUCUAAAUUAAUUGGAAAAAAGGCUGAUAUUACUGUGAAGUCUGCAAUUAAAGGAAGGAAAUUGUUUGAGGAAGUCGGCCAUUCUGCUGCUAAAGCUGAGAAGAAGGAAAAUUCUGUUGCCCAUGUUACUCAAGCAUCAGAACCGUUAUUGGAUAAUUCAUUAUUGGAGGCUGGAAAUCAUGUCGAACUCAACCCUGGACUGGAAAAGGAUGAUUCAUUUUCAGAAGCUAGUCAGAAUGUGAAUUUUAAUCUGAUGGAGGAAAAUAGUAUGCAGGAUGACUCGUGUUUGAAUGCUAGUAGGAAAGUGGAACCCAAUCCCCUUGCAGAUCAGGAUAUUUUGGUGGAUAGCGAGGAUCAUCAAACUCAAGCACUGUCAGUAAUAGUACAAGAAGACCCCAACCUGAACAAAGAGAAUAACAGUUCAAGGAAAAAUGAAGAUGGUUCACCAUCUAUCAGUUCUCAACUACGCGAUCUUUCUAAUAGCCUUAAGAUGCUAUGUUCGCUGCCAACUCCAACUCCUCUGUGCGUGCAAAUACCAGAAAAGGAGUCAGUUUUACUUGAUAAUAAGCAGGUGUCUGCUGAUGUUGCAGAACCAAAAACUCCUACCGCUGAUCAAAAUAUGAGGGUUAAUAGAUGUGAUGUAAUGAGUGCUAAAAGUCCUUGGGAAACAUACAGCAUGCGUGGUUCUGGAAUGAAGAAUUCUCUUGUUGAAGAAUACCUUAGGUUUUUAAACACAGCUAACAAGGAAGAAUUAAAAAAACUGAAGGGAAUUGGGGAGAAGAGAGCUACCUUCAUACUUGAACUUCGAGAAGAAUCCCCAGAACCUUUCAAGAAUCUAGAUGAUUUAAAGGAUAUUGGACUUUCAGCAAAGCAGAUUAAAGGAAUGAUGAAGAAGGAGGUUGGGGAACUUUUCAGUGAAUUAUAAAUGCAUUGCUGAAUUUAUUCAAGUGAAUAUCUUGCAGUGACCUUCGGAUGUCUGUAUCCAAAGAGAAUUUAUAUUGGCAACUCAAGGUUGCCCUUUACUUGUGUAAUAUAAUGAAAAGUUUAGAGAUAUUUGAAUUUGGGAAAUGUUGUGAAAAAUCAAAAAAUCAUAUAUAUUUAAAGUAAUAUAUGGAAAUCUUUUUUUUUUUU